UUCGUCGUUUAGUUCACAUGCUUCUUUUGCGUCCAGAUCCUUCUUAUGUGGCAAGACAUCUGAAGCAGCUGGGCGUGGUAGUGGGUGAGCACAGCACAUGGCUCAAGGUUGGCCUGGGCGUAGCCGCCAUUGCUGCCUUCGCGCUCCUCCUUGCUAGGGCUCUCAGGUCGGGAGAGAGAUAGUCACCUGAGGCCCAGCAUGCUAGUCCUUUGUAGUGUAAACAAAAAGAGAAAACUUUUUGGGGUAAAUAUCAGUUGUAUGACAGGAUAGAUGGGGAGACAGGAGUGGGAGGAUAUGGAAGGGAAGGGGAAGGACAUCUUACUUUCCUUAUGCAGCUGUAACAUCUUGCAUAAGACUAGCUCUUACAGAUAUUAACAUUAUGGUAGGUGCAAGAAUGCAUUAUAAUUUAUAUGCUAUUGUAUGAUAAGGGGAUAUUUUUUUAGAAAUGUUUUGGUAUUCAAGAACUGAUGGAUUCACUCUGCUUGUUAUAAAAACUUUUUAUCUAUUUUUUUUUUCUAUUCAUUAUUUUUUAUGUGCCUGGAAAUUGGCAAUUACAGUGGAUUACUCAUGUAAUGAGGAUUGGUCUUGAAUUAAAUGUGAUUUAUAAAUCUACUUUUACACUUAUAUAUAUGUGGUGUGUGUACUUUUUCCAAUCAUGCCGAAACUUUCAUUGUGUAUAUGUAAUUUACACAUAUGUAAAUAAAAGCAGAAUAUAUUAGUUUUAUGUAAUUUUGCAACAACCUGUAAAUUAGACAAAAAACAAACAAACAUUAUUGGUGACCUAAAUCUGGUAUACUUGCAUUUACUAAAUUCCCAAUCAUCACAAAAUUUCCACAAGAAUUUGUGGCCCUCAUAUUUGUCAAAGGCCAUUCAUUUUCAAUGUGUGUAAAGUCUUGUGCAGCAGUUGGACUUUUUAUGAAGUACUGUUACCUUUUCAGGGAAUACUCCAAUCAUUUGCAUUGAAUUAUAAUUUACAAAGUAACUUGGGAUAUUUGCAAAUUUUUAAAGAUGGUACAAGAAUGGUGCAACCCUCCCUCCCCCUUCCCUCUUAUCUUUGAUGUUUUUGGAAUAUUGAAUAAGGUAUAAAACAAAUAUAGAAUCAUGUAUAAUCAUCUCUAUUGUUGGUUGGUAUAGAUACAUCACUGCAUCACAAUUGUUUGUACAAAACCAUUUUUCUAUUGU